AUGUCUAGUAGGUUAUUAAAAAAACUCCUAAAAGAAAAAAAUAGAGAUGAAAUAAAUAAAAUAAGUGAAACCGUUGAACCAUCACCUAUUAAAUUAAAAAAAAAAAAAAACUUUUUUAAAUAUUUAGAGGAUUCAGAUACCAUUGAAAAUUCGAGUGAAGAAAAUAAUAAUGAAAAGAGAUCAGAUGGUUAUGAAAGAACCGAUAGUUUAAAUAAAUAUAAUAUACCAGAAAAUAUAAAUAAAAAUUUGAAGAAUAAUAAAAAUAAAAAAGAUAUAUAUGAAGAAAAAAAAAAUAAUAAAACAAAUGAGGAAAAUAAUAUCGUGAAAGAACUUUUAGGAGACCAAGAAAAAAUUCAAACAAAUAAAAAAUCAAAAAAGAAAAAAAAAAAAAAAAAUUUAGAUGAAGAAAUUUCAAGUAUAUUGAACAAAAUAAACGAAGAAGAAAAAAAAGAAGAAAAAGAAAAAGAUAAAAAAAAAGAGGAAGAAUCAUCAGAUGCUUAUAAUAAGCCACAUCAUUUACAAUUAUUUGCUUGUACUCAUGAAAAGUAUGAAUAUUGUCUUAAAUUGGAAAAAAAUAACUUUGACGUUAAUAUAGAAUUAAAGAGAAUUUUUGGUAAGGACUUUGUUAAAGAUAAAAAAUAUAUUCAAAAAAGCAAAAUAAAAUAUUUGAAAAAUUGGUUAAUUCAAGAUUACACAACAAAAACUAUCCAACCACCUUUAACAAUGGUUUUUCAUAAUAAUGAAUUUAAAAUAGAAAAAUCCAAACUAUACUUAGAAGCAGAUAAUUUAUUUUAUAUGCUUUUAGAUAGUCAUGAUAUACAAUCAAUGAAUGAUUUAUUAAAAAAAUAUCCUUUUCAUGUUGAAACUCUAUUAGUUUUAUCAGAAUAUUAUAAUGAAUCAAGUAAUUAUGAAGUAGCAAACAAAUUCAUAAAGAUGUCAUUACUUUUAUUACAAAAUAUUUUUCAUAUAAAUUUUCAUCCAAAUUUCUUAAAUAAAAAUAGUAAAAUAUUUGUAAAUCCAUUUCUAUAUGAUAAUAAAUCUUUAUAUAAAUCAUUAUACAUUCAUAUGAUAUCUCUUGAAAAUGAGGCUUGCACUAUCACAUCAUUAGAAAUAGCUAAGUUAUUAUGUAAAAUGGAUUUAUAUAACGACUUAUGUAGCAUACUACUAAGAAUUGAUAAUAUAAUUUUAAAAUGUAAUUUAUUUGAAUUUUUAGUUUUUUUCUCAUUUAAUUUUAUUAUUCAAAAUAUUGAAUGUGUUAUACCAUCUAAUAGAUUAAAAGAAAUUAUGCAAAUAUUAUUAAACGAGAAACCUUCAGAUAAAAACAGUAGUUAUAAAACGGAUUUAAAAAAAAAUCAAGAUGAUGACUAUAAUAAUAAUAAUAAUAAUAAUGACAUAAAUGAUAAAAAAAGUGAUGAACAUUACGUAGAAAAAGUUUCUGAGAAUGAAACAAUAAAAAAAAUAGUAAGAGAAGUUUAUGAAAAUGAUCAAAUCAAUGAAAAAAAUAUUAAUAAUGAAAUAUCACAAGAGAAAGUAGCCUCAAGUAAAUGCAACGUAAAUAAAAUUAAAAGCAUGGAAUAUUUAAAAUCUAAAGAAGAAAAUAAUGAUAAUAUUAUUGAUAAAAUUAAUUAUUCUCAAAAGAAGGCAUUGUUUCAUAAUUUUGAAAUUAGGCUUCAUUUCAUUCUACCAAACUUUUCCUUUUCAAUACCGUUAAGCUUAUAUUUAAAAAAUAAUACUAUUAUUGAUUAUAAUGAAAUCAAAUUAAUCAAUAAAGAUGAUGUUAUAAAUUCAUUUUCUUAUGAAGAAUGCAAAUUUUUAAUGUCUCAUUUUAAUAUAAAUUUUAAUUGUUAUAAUUUACAAAGUUUACAAAAUAAAGUUGAAAAUAAGAAUUAUUCUAUAUCUUUUUCUGCGCAUUUAAUGUUAAUAAGAGCUUUGCUAUGUUACCCUCACUUUUUGCAUAUAUUUUUAAAUUAUAAUAAUUUCAAAACAACAAAAGUUGUGAAGCAGACAAUUUAUGAAAUAUCAUUUAAAGAUAUAUUAUCGAGCGCUCCUUUUUCAAAUAAUACACUAUUUAAUGAAGAAGACGAUGCAACUAUACAAAAAAUAAUUUCUUGUUAUUUAGAAAAAAACAACAUUUAUUAUAAAUCAGAAAAAAUAAUUACUUGGUUUCAUGUGUGCAGCAGUUUCAUACAUGAAUUAUAUAAAAAUAGAGCGAUAUCUGAAGAAAUAGAAAAAGUAAGAUGUGAAUGGAGCAAGAAGAUAGCACUUUUCGACAUAAAUAAAUAUAAAAAUGUUAGAAUUGGAGAAUUUAAGUCAACUAAUUAUUUAUUACCUGAUUUUAUAAUGGAAAAAAAUAGAGCAUAUUCAACAAAUAUUCCUCACACAGUAUCAAAUUACUAUGUUUCUUUAAAUAGUAAUUUGUUAAUCGCAUUUUUUCAAAGUUUACUACCUUGGUAUCAAGUAGAUUAUUAUGGCACACGUUCCAGGCCUGUCCAUUUUUCAUCUUUAUUAAGAACCGUUAUAAAAAAAAUCAAGCUUCUUUUGAAUUUUGAAUAA